UUAACUAAGAACACAUACAGGUAGACCCUUAAAGAGAAAAUAUGGGCCCUUUCUUCAUCGCAAAGUGUUCACAUGAGAAAUGAAGAAAGACCAAAAAGCAACCAAUCCCUCACUCUCACUCUCUCAAACCAUCACCACCAAACCACAAAACAAAAACAAUACAAAAGGAAAGUGAUACCAAAUCGACAAAAAAAAGCAAGGGAAAAAAAUGGUCAUGAACAACCUUCACUUACACUACUCUACACAGAAAACAAUCUUAGCCCAGAGAAUAAUAACCUCCUCUAUUUUCUUUCUCUUUUCUACUCUAAUCACUAUCCAUGGCUACCCAAUCAAAUCCCGCAUCUUCAUCUAUGCAGGCUGCUCCCAAGAAAAAUACCAACCAAACUCACCCUUUGAAGCCAACCUCAACUCUUUUCUAUCAUCAGUCGUCAGCUCAUCCUCUCAAGUCUCUUACAACAAUUUUGCAGUCGGAAAUGGAAGCUCAACACCAGAAGGAUCCAUCUACGGUUUGUACCAGUGCCGAGGUGACUUAAAGAUUUUCGACUGCUCAAAAUGCAUCGUAAGCGCAGUGAAUCAAAUCACUUUGGUAUGUCCCUACUCGUAUGGGGCUUCCCUGCAGUUAGACGGAUGCCUUAUAAGAUAUGAGCAUGUUGAUUUCUUGGGCAAGCUUGAUACAAGCCUAAGGUAUAGAAAAUGCAGUAAAAGUGGUGGGACAGAUGAUGUUGAAUUCUUUCGGCGAAGGGAUGAUGUGCUUGCUGACUUGCAAGGAGCAAAUGGUUUUAGAGUUAGUAGCUCUGGUUUGGUUGAAGGGUUUGCUCAGUGUUUGGGCGAUCUGACCCAAAACGACUGCUCUUCUUGCAUUGCUGAUGCUGUUGGAAAGUUGAAGAGUUUAUGUGGAUCAGCAGCAGCUGUGGAUGUGUUCUUGGCUCAGUGUUAUGCUCGGUAUUGGGCUUCUGGCUACUAUAAAGCCUCAGAUUUCUCUAACGAAGACAAUGCGGGAAAGACAGUGGCCAUUAUUGUUGGGGCAGUAGCAGGUUUAGCUAUUCUAAUUGUUCUUCUCUCAAUUUGCAGGAAAACGAUGGGUUAAUUAAGCGGAUGGAGAGAUCUCUCUGGUACUUAGAAGAUAUGGAGAAUGCAUAAUCAUUGUGAUGGAAGACCACAAAUUGGUGUUGGCUUUAAUAUUCUUGUGAAAGCUCUAUGCCCUCAGUUUUUUUUCUCUUCUAAUACGAAACAGUAUUCUUCAAAAGAAGGUGGUGUUAUCCUAUAGCAUAAAGUAGCUAGCACUCAAAUUUCCAUCAACUUUGAAAGGGCUGCUGAUUCUGUCUAGCUUCAUGCUGUCCAACAAAAACCCACAUCACUUUAUUUUAGGUAUUUAAGCAACUUUUCUUUUUGUAAACGGCAAACCCAUCAUCUCUUUGCUUUUUCUUUUGGUGGCCGAAGUUCUCUAAAAUGUGUGUCUUCGUGUGUACUUUUCUUUUUCCUUUUAUAGUUUUUGACUAACCUCA